AUGACUUUAGUCAACUUGGACGAGGAAAUUAAGCUAACAACGAACAACCGCGAGCGAGCACAGAUGGACAACAUGGCGGACCUGUAUUCUAUCAUCGUCGUAUUAGAGCAUUUGGAAAUGGCGUACAUUCGAAGUGCCAUCACUCACACACAAUACACACCCGAGUGUCGUCAGCUCAUUGCGCAAUUUAAAACGGCCUCUAGCUUGCUGGGCGAUGUUGUACCAGAUCUGGAAAAGUUUAUGAAGGAAUACAAUUUGGAUUGCCCAGCAGCAGCCAAGAGGAUCAAGAUUGGCGUGCCAGCGACAGUCGAAUUUGGCGAUGGUGGUGCAUCGAACGAGCCAAGUGGCCAUAAGUCUGCCAAAUAUAUUGCUGAAACUGUCCAGAGCUACAUUACGGUCAUGGAUAUGCUGAAGUUAGGAAUGGGGGCGGUAGAUGAAAUUCACCCUCACUUGGCGGACCUUAUGCAGAGUCUGAACAAUGUGCGAUCACUACCUGCUGAUUUUGAAGGCCGGGCCAAAUUGCGCGAAUGGUUGAUCAAAUUGAAUGGUAUGAGGGCAAGCGAAGAGCUGGCUGCGGACGAAAAGAGACAGAUGGAGUUCGACCUUGAAAGCAACUAUACUGCAUUCCGUGGAUGGCUUGAUAGUCAAUAA